CAUAGCGAUGCCCAUCCAUUGGUAUAUCUCAGUCUCAACCCCAAUGUCGUACUGGUCGUGGUUUUUAACCCCUUUCGGCUAGGUUAUGUCAUCAUGGCCGGAGUUUUGUUUUUUCAUGGUGUCACCUUCAGGAAACAUGGAGAUGAGUGGCGUCGAUAGCGUCCAGGGCUGAUUCAAAUGGUUUGCAGAUACGGCCUCUUCCUUGCAUGAAUACACAGGUAGGUAAGGAACUGGGUCGCUACAUAAUGAGGAUGCCUGCCUCCCGCGUUCCAGGAACUUGGAUCUGGGAUUGUAUUUUAAAUAUUUUUGUGCUCUUUCCUAGUAUGGGAUAUCAUGGAUUAUAGCCUGUGCGACACGAUUAUCAUAUGACAAGCUAGUAGAAGGUUUACCACUCACCAACCCUUCUGAUGGAUCCAAAUAACCACCGUCAACGGGUCGACUAUAGCGAGAAUGUAGCGCCGAAAUACCCAGCUUCAAAUCAGGAAAGUCUAGAAGUUGUCCCCAAUAACUCACCUCUGUAUCCCAUACCCCCGCAUACCCCGACGUACGCGAGAGACUAUGCUGAGGGGAUAAAACCAAACACGGCUUCCGGGGUGUGGACUGACACAUUCCCAUCGACGGCUGUCUCUUCGGAAAAGCCUAAAGAAGACGAUAGGAAGCGAAUAUUAGGGCUUACUGUCCCGGUAUUUUGGACCUUGCUCGUGGUUAUAGUCGUCAUUCUGGCGGGGGGUAUUGGAGGUGGUAUUGGCGGCGGCCUUACAGUGCAGAAGAGUGUGGAGCAUAAUCCGACAACCACAUCAUCACCGACAUCUUCGCAAAGUGGAACACCAGCAGCGACAAGUGGCCCCCUACCUUCGGACGGCGGGUGUCCGACUAUCGACCAGUUGGUUUAUAUGCCAUACGCCGUGGAUGCGAAGGCGAUCCCGUUCGUUCAAGGAGGUGAUCCACAGGAGUUUAAGCAACAGUGUUAUACGAAUUAUGUUUCGUCGAAGGAGUCAAAUACCCACGAUAUCCUGAGAAUCUUCAUGCCGACGUUGGAGAAUUGUAUGAUGGCUUGUGCGGAAUACAACUCAGCGUACCACGCGAAUCUGCAGAAUGGCACAGGGGUAGGAGGUGGAUAUUGCAUGGCUGUGUCGAUCGUGAAGGUUGACGCGGGAUUCUGUUACUUGAAGAAUGGUACGACUACUAAUGAUACCAUGGGACAGCCGGAUACGUAUUCGAGCGCUGUGCUACUUACCAAAAUACCUGAUACAUCGUCUUAGAGGUGAUUCUGAAGCGAUGAAUUGCGAACAGAUUAGUACACUUCAAAUGGUUGGAACCUUGUUUAUAGAGCUUUGUAAUGUUAAUUCGGUGACUUCUUGAGUAGCGCGGGUGAAAUUUUUCAAUUGGAAGCUGACAUAGCACGUCAUAUUAAAUCAGCAUCAUCCUAGUCAUCAAAAGGCAAAAACCCGACCGCAGAUUGAUUUGACAUUUUAUUCAUGCCCAACUUUGAUGUUGACAGCUAUUGAUACAGGUCG